AAUACCGGGACGUUCUUCUUAGACAAAAUAAAGAGAAACUGUUGCUUACUGACAAGAUGAAAUUGCUCGAGAGUACACGCUUUGAAGCCAUAAACAGUGCCUUGUCCAUCAAGACUGGAGACAGCAAAAUAAUAGGCAGAAUAGAGAGCUACUCUUGCAAAAUGGCUGGAAAUGAUAAACAGUUGUACAAACGUUUCAAUGCAGAACAAGGUUUUACUCCGCAUGAUCUUCAAGCUUUAUCACCACCACAAACAUCUUUAGGAACAUCGCCUGCUCAAGGGUAUUUUAGCCGCAGUGUUUCUGGUGAUGAAGAUGGUCCACUGUGCGAUACAAUCAGUAGAAAAACCUUGUUCUAUUUGAUUGCCACUUUGAAUUCAGCUUUUCAUCCAGAUUAUGAUUUCUCUGAUGCUAAGAGUCAUGAAUUCAGUAAAGAACCAAGUUUGCAAUGGGUCAUGAAUGCUGUAGACAGUAAUUUGAGUGCAACCGCGGGAGAUCAUUAUCGUACUCUUCGAACGGCACUUUGGGCUGCCAUUGAUCAUGAAAUAUCAUUAAAUGAAUGUGAUAUUUAUAGUUACAAUCCAGACUUUGCAUCUGAUCCAUUUGGAGAAGAUGGAUGCUUAUGGUCUUUUAAUUAUUUCUUCUACAACAAGAAAUUGAAACGCAUUGUGUUUUUUCCAUGCAGAGCAAUAAAUCCUCUCUACGUGUUAGAUUCUGGUGUUGGCAGUGACUUUGCCAUGGAUGAAGAUGAAGACAGAUACUAAAUUCAUAAUACAUGUUUACAAACUUUAUCUUUAUUAGUUCUGCCAUACAGGGACAUAAAUGAACAUUAAAUUUCUUCUAUUACAGUAGUGUUACGUCUAACUAACCGCCACUACCAGUUCUUGGAACUUGCUUCGUGAAACUUCUGACGUUACGUAAUUAAAAUAAACAAACGUAUCAAAUAUCCAUAUCCCAUUCACAUUCAAUAGAGAAAUAGUUUUCUAGAAGUAUACUUUUCUUGAAAAUUAACUAAAUAUAAUUUGCUAUGGUUAAUAAACGCGGCACUAUUGUACAUAAAUUAUUAUGUACAGUGAUAUAUUUCGAAUUUUACAAUUAUUUCAUUUCGUUUCACUUACAGCGACAUUUAUUUCAGACUCAAUAGAGAAUUUAAUUAUUUUGUUUCUCAAUUUCUCUUUUGUACAAUAUCGAAACGUAAUUAUAAUGAACAAAGAAUCAAACAGAAGAACAAUACUAUAAGAACUUAGAAUCAUAUUAUUUUCCGUAUGAAUUUAUAAUUUUUAUAUACACAUUAUUAUCCAAGAUAUUUUAAACAUAUAAAUCUGCUGCAUAGUAAUCAAAUUUUUAUAAGCCUAAAAAUCAGCUUUUUUUCUAUGUGAAAUGUUCAAAUUUAUAAUAUCAGAAAAACCCUUAUUAUCAUUUAUAUAAAAAAAAGCAACAAACUUAGUGGAUUUUAAAUUGAUGUUGUGCUAAGUUGCUCCGUUAAAACUAACGUUAGAAUUUUUCAGAAUUAUUGUAACGAUAAUUGGUGUUGUACUAAGUUGCUUUGUUAAAACAUUGUAUUAAUUAUUAUGAUGAUAGUAAUAAGGAAAUUAAAAUAAAUCUAAUUUGAUAUUAUAAAAUAGAAGUAAAAAAUUAUUAGAGCAACGAUAGAUCUAAAAGUGCAACAUUAACUUUUGAAUCCUAGUCAUUAUAUUUUUAAGUUACAAAAAAUUUAUUAACUGUUUAUGCUCUUUGCUAUAAAAAUCAAUCUAUGAUAUUCUUAAUGUUUUAAAUAAGCUUUCCAUAUAAAAUUGUUUAUGUUUCAUAUAUUACUUUUAAUAUACACGAUCUUAAUGUACGUAUUGAUACACAAAUACCCAGUUUUGUGAAUUAUAAAGUUUUUAGUUCAAUAUUUUGAAUUUACUGCUAAGAAACUAAUUAUCAGAUCGUGCAAUAUGUAUAAAUUUUACAAUAGUAUAGUAGAUUUUACUAUAACUUUCAUAGCGUGGAAAAUUUAAUUUUAUGUCACUAAUAAAUAUAUACAUGUAUACAUAUAUCUUGUGAAUUUAAAAAACAGCAUUAUAUUCGAGUUAGAUUACUAGUUUUUGACUAAAAACAGUGAUUUUCAAAUGAUUUCUAUAAUAUAUAUGUAUUACAUAUAAUCUUAGUUUCCUUAAGAUUACAUGUUUGUCUGUCAAAUGUAGAUUUGAAUAAACGUUAUAAACUGACAUAAUUCAGUUAUGCAUUGAUAUUUUCUUUAUCUCUCGUUCUUAGUGACACGAAAUCUUUAUAAUAUACAUGAAAUAAAUAAAGCAGCAAGCACAAA